AUGUCCCGUGCUCUUGUCUCAUCGACCCUGCGGCGUGGUCUGUCGGCUGCGGCCGCUCCCCGCAUGACCUCCCGUGCCGCCUUUUCAGCAACUGCCCGCGCCGCGGACCAGAUCUUGCCUGUGCGCGUCCACGGCGAGGGCUCCGGCACCCAGCAGUCGCUGUCGGUGCCCGACAAGCCCUACACGUUCUCGUCCGACACAUACACGGCACUCGGCGGCGGCGAUUCGGCGCCGUCGCCCGUUGUCUACUCUCUGGCCAGCCUCGGCUCUUGCAACCAAGUGACGGGCAGCAUUGUGGGCCGUGACCACGGCGUGCGCCUGGGCCGCUGGAAGGUGGAUGUGGAGGGCGCGCUGCCGACGGCCGUGCUCGUGCAGGGCGCGCCGGAGGGCAACCCGAACUGGGAGAGCGUGGUCCUCAAAGUUGCUGUGCAGACGGACAUUGAUGGCGGCAGCGACAGCCCCAAGUUCCAGCACUUUGUCAGCGAGGUCGAGCGCCGCUGUCCCAUCACGGCUCUGUUCCGCCUGAGCGGCGUCAAGCUGACGAGCGAGUGGGUGAACGAGCCGCUGCCAUAG